UGAGCCUGUGAGAACAAGAGCUUGAGGAGAGGACUGUUAACUCCAUGCAUGCCAGCAGAAUUAGCUCUUUCCCUUCGGGCUUGCACUGCCUGCAAAGCUCACCCUGCCCUCAGAGUGAGAGGCCAGCCUGCUAGAGAAAUCCAGGAAUCUGAAACAAAAACGAUGACAGUCUGAAAUACUCCCUGGUGCCAACCUCCAAAUUCUCAUCUGUCACUUCAGACCCUGACUAGUUGACAGAGCAGCAGAAUUUCAAGUCCAAUAGACUUGAAUGUGCUUCUGGGCAAAGAAGCACAGCUAACGAUGGAAGGGAUUUAAAGAGUUUCUCUUGGGUAUUUGUCAAACUUUUAUUUCCUGGCUGUGCGCAAAGAGGGGAUUCAACUUCAAUUUUCUAUCAACGCUCUGCAUCCAGCCACCUAUCUGAAGGUCCAGAAGCAUGAAGACUCUGCUGUUUUUCAUAUACAUCUUGGGAACUGCAGCUGCAAUUCCGACAAAUGCAAGGUUUUUAUCUGAUCAUUCCAAACCAACUGAAACAUCAAUAAUACAAGACAAUACUACAAUUCCCAGUGCAAAGGUUGAAGCUGAAGAAAAUGAAAAGGAAGCUGCAGUAUCCAGAGAAAACCUUUCCAACCAUAAGGAUGAAAAAUCUUCAAUAUUAAAGUCAGAAGAGGAAAACCAGGAACAGUCAGAAGAACAGGACAAAGCUUACAGCCAAGAGCUAGGACUGAAGGAUGAGGAGGAUAGCGAUGGUGACUUAAGUGUGAAUUUGGAGUAUUCACCAACUGAUGGUAGCUUGGAUCUAAGAGAAGAUAUAAGUGGGCCUCAAGAGAAAAAACUCCCUGAGAGCACUGAUUUUUCUCCUCCUGAUUCUGUGGAUUCUAACCAACAAGAAAACAUCACAGAGGGAGAGGAAAACCAAGWGCAACCCACAAAUUAUCCACAUCAUCAUUUGAACAAGAAUGAUACACACAGCCAAAACCUAAGGGAUCAGAGAAACGAAGAGCAGGAUCCCAAUACUCCCAACGAAGAUGAGGAAGAGGGAAAAGAGCCAGGGGAAAUUGGUAGCCCUAGUGAUAACCAAGAAUGGGAGAAAGAAUUUCCUAAGGAGAAUUUUAACAGUAAGGAAGAAGAAGACAGUAAGAAAUCUGGUGAUAUUUUGGAAGAGUCCAAUCAACCAACUCAAAUGAGCAAAAUGCAGGAUGAACUUGAGCAGAAUAACCAAGAACAAGAAGAGGAUAACUCCAAUGCAGAAGCAGAAGAGGACAACGUAUCAAACAUAAAUAAGCACAUUCAAGAUACUGAAUGGCAGAGCCAAGAAGGAAAAAUGGGCCCUGAAGCUACUGGCAAGCACGAGGACAUGGAUAAAAAGACUGUUUCUGAGGCUUUGCUCAUGGAACCCACUGAUGAUAGAAACAUCAUGCCCAGAAAUCAUGGGGCUGAUGAUGCCAGUCAUGAUGGCCCCAGGCAAAGUGCAACUGAUGUCGACUUCACCCCAAGCCAGGACUUUCUAGAGGCUGAAAGAGCUCAGUCCAUUUCCUACCAUCUCAAAUAUGAGGAGCAAAAAGAAAGAACACAUGAGAAUGAACAUGAAGAUACCAGUGAGCACGGAGACUACCAAGGGGCCAAGAAAGCAGGCAGCUCAUCAAACGAAGAUGACACUUCAACUGAAGGCAAUGUGGAGGUGCACAGUGUGGAUCCUUGUAUGAACUUCCAGUGUAAGAGAGGACACAUCUGUAAAGCAGACCAACAGGGAAAACCCCACUGCGUUUGCCAAGAUCCAGUGACUUGUCCUCCAGCAAAACCCCUUGACCAAGCUUGUGGCACUGACAACCAGACCUAUGCAAGCUCCUGUCAUCUGUUUGCUACAAAGUGCAGACUGGAGGGAACCAAAAAGGGUCAUCAACUACAGCUGGAUUAUUUUGGAGCCUGCAAAUCUAUUCCUGCUUGUACAGACUUUGAAGUGGCUCAGUUUCCUCUACGGAUGAGAGACUGGCUCAAGAAUAUCCUCAUGCAGCUUUAUGAACCUAACCCUAAACAUGCUGGAUAUCUAAAUGAGAAGCAGAGAAGUAAAGUCAAGAAAAUUUACCUGGAUGAAAAGAGACUCUUGGCUGGGGACCAUCCCAUUGAACUUCUCUUAAGGGACUUUAAGAAAAACUACCACAUGUAUGUUUAUCCUGUGCAUUGGCAGUUUAAUGAACUUGACCAACAUCCUACAGACAGAGUCUUGACACAUUCCGAGCUUGCUCCUCUACGAGCAUCUCUGGUACCCAUGGAGCACUGCAUAACCCGAUUCUUUGAGGAGUGUGACCCCAACAAGGAUAAGCACAUCACCUUGAAGGAGUGGGGCCACUGCUUUGGAAUUAAAGAAGAAGACAUAGAUGAAAACCUCCUGUUUUGAAUUAAGACUUGAAGAAGUCAAACUUUCCAGCAUUCUCCUCUGUUCUAACCACUUCUGAAAUAUAUGUAGCCAUGAUACCGGUAGAUAUAUAUUUAGUAAAAUAUCUGCAUGAAUGAGAAUAACUGCUUGAUAAUAAUAUAUACACACCAAGCAUUCAACAUUGACUUAUGAAAUAGAACUUUAAAGUGAAGUAAUGUCACUAUAUACAAAAGACUGUAAACCAUUUAUAUAAAUAGGAGCUUAACUCAUACUGAUUUCACUCUCUGAAUCAACUUAUAAUUACUAAUUAUAAAACUUAAAAAAAUAAUGUGUUCAUACUGUCCAUAACAUCAUGUGCAUUUCAAGAAAAUGGAAUAUUUGUGCUUAACAUGUAUUGUUAAUAUCUUAAUAUCCUAAUAAAGUGUCCAUAAAAAU